UUGAUUGAUUUCGAUCCGUCCUCAAUCCACCAGCCCGAAAGAGAUAAUUCACAAUGGCCGCCCAAAGACAGAACGUUUCCAGCGACCUGGUUUGGCAGCUCACCCGCAACCAGAAUGCUUUUCUGGUCAAGCGUAACAGCGGUGGUGGCUCUCAGUUCUCCCGUGAUCCUUUGAACCUGCAGAACAAGCACUCUUUCAAGUACGCCGGAUACGCCAACACCAAGGCUAUUGGUGUGCAGCCCACUGAAAACGGUGGCGUUGUUGUUAUUACCAAGAAGUCCGGCAAUUCCCAGCAGCCCGGAAAGAACGCCGUUCGCGUGACCUUUGGCCCCAAGGCUUCCACUCGCAAGAUCUACAAAGGUGUUGCAGACAAGACCGCAAAGAACGGCUACCGUGCUGACCUCCGUGAGGACGCUGUUGCUCGUGUGAGCGCCAUUCGUCGUUCUCAGAAGCCUAAGAAGGAUACUCCUCCCCAGAAGCCCAGAGGUGCCCAGGCCCGGAAGGCCGUUGAGCAGGAGUCAGCAUAAAUGAUAGGACUCGAAAACGAGUAGUCGCAAGGGUUGGGCGCAUCGAGCAUAGUGGCGCCAUGCUGGUCAAGGGCGGAAGCGUCCAUGUAAUUUAGCAAUACUGCUACGGGGGCAAAUGUGCACCAGGCCAUUCAAAAAGAGAUUUGAAGAACCAA